AUGGCGACUCAAUAUGCCUUCCGGGCUCAAAAAACAGCUGGCAUAGCUGAUGGACCUUCAUGGGAAGUCUCAAGUAGGAUACCUGCUGACUCAGCUGCAGUAAGAUGUUAUACCCAUUCUUCUGAUGGUGAAUGGUUCGCAUAUGCCGAAGCUUCAAGUGUUCACGUCCUCCCCUCGUCAUCGACUUCCACUUCGUCCCCAUUGGAAAUCACACAGCCUAAUGUGAUAGCACUCAGCUUUUCGCCGUUGUCGACGAACUUGUUCACUUAUGAACGUCCGGUCAAGCAAGAUAAUGGAGAGAUGCACAAGAAUGUCAAAGCAUGGGAUGUCAAGUCCGGACUAGAGGUCGGUGCAUGGUAUUCUAAAAGUAUGGAUGGAUGGGAACCUGUAAUUACAUCUACUGAAUCACAUCUAAUCCGACCUGGUGGCUCUGAUAUUGCGAUAUUCUCACCACCAUUGUCCACCCGCCCAAUCUCUCGAGUCAAAGUAGAAGGUGUCAGAGGUAUAUUCGUAUCUUCUCCAAGUAGUUUAUCAGACGGUGUCACUUCUUCAAAACCUAUACGUGCUCAUCAAGAACCAGCAUUAGCAAUCUGGAUCGGAGAGAAAAAAGGUGCACCCGCCUCAGUUUCAUUAUAUCCCCUUUCGAGUUUAGUGGGGAAAUCUUCCACCUCAGCAUCAAAUGGAGAUGACAGUGAAAUCAAGACUGAAACUAAAGAUCUACCAAAUACAAAUGCUAGAAAAGCUUUCUACAAGGCUGACAAACUGAAUGUUAAGUGGAAUAAUGCCGGAACUCAGGCACUGUUCCUCGCUCAAUCAGAUGUUGACGCAACUGGGAAAUCAUAUUAUGGGGAAACCAACCUUUAUCUAGUCAGUUUAGAUGGUUCUUUCGAUGGUUUGGUGGAUUUAGAUAAAGAAGGUCCUAUAUAUGAUUUUACUUGGUCACCUAAUUCAAGAGAAUUCGUCGUCUGCUAUGGUUACAUGCCUGCUAGAACACAGCUUUUCGACAUGAAAGCUAAACCUAUCCAUUCAUUCGGUUCUCAACACCGAAAUUUCCUACUAUACCAACCUCAAGGCAGAUUAUUGUUAUCUGCUGGAUUUGGUAAUUUAGCCGGCGGAGUUGAUAUUUGGGACGUUAGUACAAGGAACAAGGUAGCCGAGUUUAAAGCAUCGAACUCGUCUCACUGCGAGUUUUCUCCUUGUGGACAAUUUAUCUUGACUGCCACCUUAUCCCCUCGCCUGAGAGUUGACAAUGGUGUGAGAAUCUGGUGGUGUGGCGGGCAGCUAUUACACAUCCAUCCUGUAGAAGAGCUUUACCAGGCUUCUUUCGCACCUCGUCUUGUCAAAAACAUUGACCCUUUCCCAUCUGUCAUUCCAAAGGCUCCCGAGGCCAAUGAAAGUGUUGCCAAGUACGGCAAGAAGGGGGAAAUAAGUAAUGGAGGAGACUCAAAACCUGCAGGAGCAUAUAGACCACCUGGAGCCAGAGGAACUCUGGCAUCGGAUGUCUAUUCAAGAAGGGACGAUGAUGCACCUUCUUCAGGAACUUCUUCGCCUACACCAAUGUUCAGAGGUGGCAAACCACCUGGAAGGUAUAUACCAGGUGCACCACCACCUGGAUCAGCACCCAAAGAACCUGCUCAAGAAGACAAGAAGAAAAGAACAAGAAAGAGAGGGAAAAACGAAGAUGAGAAAAUCGAAAAGGUUACUGAAGAAGUAGCUCAAAUCGAAAUUAAAGAACCGGAAGAAGAUAAAGAUGAUGCCAAUUCUAAGAAGAUAAGAAAUCUUACAAAGAAGCUCAAAGCGAUUGAAGAUCUCAAAGCUAGACUUGCAGGUGGUGAAGUCCUAGAAAGAACCCAAGUUAAGAAAAUCGAAUCUGAGAGUCAAGUCAGAGGGGAAAUCGCAGCCUUGGGAGGAAGUUCAUAA